GUCACCUAACCAUUUGAUUGCCACAUGGCUUUUAAAUUAUUGUACUCGGAUUCAAUAAUAUUAUUAAUUAUCAUUUCAAUGUUCAGCAAUUGGUUUAGCGGUGUAAGUCUCUAGUUGAUUUGAUGAGGUAUCCGAUUUGUAAGGACUUGAGGACGAUAUAUAUAUUUAUGGUGAGUUUGAUUCUAAGUUGAAGUCUACCGUGACUUACGAGGUAACGGUUCAUUGUGAAAGUAUCUUUUGAAUAUCCUCAAGAUUAGUGGUUAAACUGUUGAUUUAUAGGACAGGUUGAGGGGUUGUGUGAAUUUGCAGUUAAAUUAAAAGGUUGAACCGGACAUGUAGGGCCGUAGCUCAUUUAAUCAACUGAUGUAGUAUUAAACAAAACAAGCCUUGUAUUUCCAUAUAUCGUUUUCUCUCAUCAGUGUGGGUAUUCCGUUCUCCUGUGAAUAUAUAGUCUUCUCCCUUCUUCUUCUUGCUCAAGCUCUUCAAGCCAUGGUCACAGAUAUGUGGUUUAGACUAGUUGGUCGGGGCAGUGCGUCCACCUCCUUGUACCUAAGUUCAAAUCUCCUCCCCAUAGAUUAUAGUAGUUUUAGAUAUAUGGUUUGCUUCUGGCUAUGGUUUUGUUCACAGGCUCACAGUUGCUGUUGUUGGAUUCGGUUUUGUUGAAAAAAUUAUUAUUUCUGGCUUUAGAAGGCAGAACUGGAGACAUGCAUGCUUGUUCUGUAUGAGUUCAAUUUCAAGGAGGAAGUAGAAGAAAAUAGUGAUCAUGACAUGCACCAUGGAUGGCCCCUAGGGCUUGAGAUUAUGAACGUGAGACUUAGAGUGAUGGAGAGCUUACCAGCUGCAGUUGUAGGGCGCCGGUCCUCGCACGUGCCCUCCGCCAGUUUCACCUCCUUCUCGUCCUCCAACCUUGACACCGAGUCCUCAGCAUCCUUCUUCCAAGACCACAGCACGUCACUAGGUCGUCUGAUUGGGAUUCGAACGGGUGAUAGAGGACGUUUGUACUUACCAAAUUCCAUUCGCUUGGAAGAGCACGAGAGGAUUUCGAUUAAGGGUUCGCAUUCUGAUGUGUCUACGAGACAUCGAGUGGACAUGUCUCGGCGUAUCUGCAUACCGUUGCUGCUUUGUGCUCUGGUAAAGAUCAGCAGAAGUAAGAACAAGAGCAAGUCAAAGAAGGCAAAGUUUGAUGGCAGAAGCUAAUUUCUACACUUCCAUACGAUGAGAAAUAAAUUUCACUUCCUUAUUAUCGUGCCAAAUUUCUGUAGCCAUUUUGUGUACUGAGUUAUUCAUUGCGACUCCAUAUUUUAUCACAGUUGACAUGUUGAUUGAGA